AACACAAUCAUGAAUUUUAUAAAUACGAUACAAGUGUUUUCAAUAGGAACUGAAUAAUUACCACCAAUGCGUGACAAAUUUGUAAAGAAUAUCUCAACCUUUGCGAACUAAACUAACCAGCUAAAAAGCGGCGAAUUGUCGCUAAGGUAGUGGCAAAGGGUGAUGGGCGUUUAGAAGUCCAUAUGCGAUCAUAAGCAUUCCCUUCAAUGUCAAGUUGAUGCCGCCAUCCCGGUCUUCUGAUUUACGCGAACAAGAUGCAGAUGCUCAACCUCGCAGAGGAGAAGAACUAUGGCACAGACGAGAAAGGGAAGACUUCUCCCACAUUUACAGUGUCAGAUGCCGUAGAGGCUUCCGGCUAUGGGUGGUUUCAACUACGCCUGGGCAUUAUCUGCUCAUUUCAAUGGGUGGCGGACGCCAUGGAGAUCACCAUGCUAUCCAUAUUAGUGUCUUACGUCAAAUGCGAGUGGGAUUUGUCCAUAGUACAGGUUGCCAUGAUCACCACGGUUGUGUUCUUCAUGUUUCUCAUCGGGUCACCAAUACUGGGCUGGCUUGGUGACAACUUAGGGAGAAAACCGAUGUUAAUAGUGAGUAGUGUGGCCGUGGCGUACGCUGGCCUUCUGAGUGCGUUCUCACCUUCAUAUCCCUGGUUACUGUUCUUAAGAGGGAUCGUCGGCUUUGGACUUGGGGGUAUCGGACUGAACGCUGCCUUGUUGACAGAGUAUUCUCCCAUCAAGCAUCGCGGGGCAACUGUGUUGUCACUUGGGGUUGCCUGGGCGAUAGGCUCCUUCAUGACGUCAUUGGUUGGAAUGGUGUUCGUGCCGUGGCUGGGAUGGCGGUCAUUCGUCGUUGCCAUCACCUUUCCGCUAGUCGUAUUUCUUUUUUUGGCUAAGUGGGUAUCAGAGUCCAGCCAUUUCUAUAUUACAUCUGGAGAGGUAGAAGAAGCGAUGAAACCCCUUCAAGACAUGGCUCGGAUCAAUAAGACAGAGAUGCCCAAGGGCGAGUUAAAAGGUCUUUCACACGAGGUUGCUCGAGGUAGGAUAGUCGACUUAUUCAACACAGAAUACCGAGUGACAACGCUGUUAUUAUCCCUCACUUGGUUCUCGGUAAUUUUAAGCUACUAUGGCAUGGCACUGCUGACCACACAGAUGAUGACCAGCGGCUCAAAUUGCCCAGCUUUUGUUCGUAAGGAAGAAUGCGGCUGUAGAUUACUUAGAAAAAGAGAUUUUAUAACAUUGCUCUGGACAACAUCAGCAGAGUUACCCGCAAUGAUUUUGACGAUAUUUAUAAUCGACAAAGUGCGGCGCAAAUCUCUGUUGACGAUAUACUUUGCCAUCGCAUCUAUCUUCUUUUGCUUUUUGUUCAUCUGUACUGGAAGGAUCGUCUCGACUUUAAACUUAUAUAUCAUUCGUGGCAUCACACUUGCCGCUAGUGAAGUGCUGGUCUGUUACACAGGAGAGGUCUACCCGACUGCAUUCCGUGCUACGGGGUUAGGAUACGCGCUAGGAGCAGGCCGAAUAGGAGGAUUAAUCACUCCCCUAAUCUCUCAGGUUUUAGCAGCAAGCUCACUGAAUGCAGCAAUUGGCGUGUUAUUUUUCUUUACCGCCUUGUGUACCGUGACUUGCUACUUCCUACCGAUAGAAACCAGACAGCUAGAGCUACAGGACGAGUAAACAUGCCAAACACUGCAGGAUCCAUUGGAAGGCUUAGAGCAAGACAAAUGUUAAAUCGUGGCGAUAGCCAUAAUGGAAGGGGGGGGGCGGG